UCCAAGCUUCGUCCUUUGCGUUCGCCUCUUCGAAUACCUCCCCACCACCCGCACAACACCAGCCAAACGGACUAUAACCCGCAUCGGACAGUGGAUUAGACAGACCAGAGGAUAACUACUGCUUGACAGGUGCACGUCCCCGACGCACGCUAGAAUGGCGAAGGACAAAGAACGCUCCAUCAACCCCGCACAGGCACAGCGCAAGCUCGAGAAGCAGAAAGCGCUCAAGAAAAGCAAAGCGGAAGCGCUGGCGCGCCGCAACGAGAAGCUCGCUCGCAGGAAUCCAGAUCGUAUCCAGAGACAGAUCGAUGACCUCAAGGCGGUCGAGGAGUCGGGACAGCCGCUACGGCCGCGCGACAAGCAGCUCCUGGAGGAGCUCGAACGCGAUCUGCGCGCAGUGAAGAAGGCCCGGGAAGCUCUGGGAGAUAAAGCUCCUACGUUUGGUUCCGGACAGUAUAGAAGGGAUGGACAGGGCGACAGAACACGCGGAGAUGGUGUCCUGGGCAAGAGACGCAGAGAAGGCGACAACCGAUGGAGGCAAGACAGCGACAGCAGCGACACAGAUGAUAGCGUGCGUCGGAUCCCGAUGCCUAGAGAUACCCCGCCGCCUAUUCCUCGAGAAUAUCUCCAGCGAAGACGAACGGAUGCAAACAAGGAGCCUCUUGGAGAACGAGGGCCGCACCCGCUUCCCGCGAAGCCAGAAACUACCCCAGAGAUCAAGACCGUCUACGAAGCCGCGCCGGCAAUCCGGGACCUGCGGCAAGAGGCUGUCAGCAAGUUUGUCCCGACGGCCGUUCGCAUGAAGAAGGACGCCAUCAAAGGGCAAGGAAAGCUCGUCGAGCCCGAAGAAAUGGACCGCCUUGAGAAAGCCGGCUACGUGGCUGGUGCCGCGACUGCCUCUCGAGCUACAAGUCAAGGACGUGAUUCUAUGUCCGCUGACGUUGACGAAGCAAGACUGGCUGAGGAAGAGGAACGGCUCAAACGAGAACUGGGAGCAGUCCAAGUGGAAGAGGUUACAGACGAGGAGCUAUGAUUCUUUCUCUACUCUAUCACCCUGCGCAUUUCUAUUCUUCUAUCAUGAUGGGCCCGACAAAAGCGUUCAAAACGGUUUGGCUGAAGAGGGUCUGCUUGCGUUGGGACCACCAAGGGUCUCUAUAAACUGGUUAAUAUGCACUGUACAAUAUAUAGACUAACCAAUACAUUAACGAUGGAAUGACCAAAUGAAAUAAUACUUGAGAGGACUUGUACAGUUAAUAUUU